UCCUCGCGUUAGGACCCGGGGGCGGGGCUUGGGCUGGCCGGCAGGGUGGCCGGGGCUGGCUUACAGUGAAUACUGCUGAGGGCGGUCGCUAGUGACCAGACAGAAAGGCUGCGGAAUCUUCGGUACCGUGAGGGCUUCCUAGGGCUGAUAGGAGCUGGGGCUGCGGUUCGCAACAAGAAGUGCGAGAUGAUUCAGGAUGGGGGCUGGCCAAGUGAGAAAGACCCAUCUUGUGAUUAGAGAGUUGGGACUUUGAGCCAUGUGAUAUCAGCCUGACCUCCAGGGAGGGAAGGGGCACUGGAGAUUGAGUUCAACUGUGUGGUCAACCAACCAUGACAACAUGAACCCCAGUGAAAACUUUGGCCUAUGAAGCUCAGCAACUGGAACGCUAUUCAAACCGCCAUAGAGCCUUCAACCCCGUUCCCAGAAACGUGCGCUUGCGCAAAAGUUUAUACGUCAUAUUGGAGCGCGCCGACCGCUGAGACUUCUGGGAAAUGGAGUCUGUGAGGAGGCCGAACACUGUGAGCGCAGACGUCAGAGUCUUUACGCAGGCGCAUUGCUUUUCAGACCUGAAGAGGCGCCGUCUUCCUGGGUACCCAGCACUCUGUGCAGGAGGACUCUGCCCUUUUCUACAAGGAGAGCACACAGGAGGGAAUGGCUGCUGUGUCUCCGACUGCCAGAUGCCAGGAAUCAGUGACAUUCGAGGAUGUGGCAGUGAUUUUCACAGAUGAGGAGUGGAGACAUCUAGUCCCUAAUCAGAGGGACCUCUACAAGGAGGUGAUGCUGGAAAACUAUAAGAUUAUUGUCUCAUUAGGACUUCCAGUUCCUCAACCUGACGUCAUUUUUCAGUUGAAGAGAGGGGAUGAGCCUUGGGUAGUUGAUCUUCACGGAUCUGAGGAGAGAGAAUGUCCGGAGAAUGUCUCUCUAGACUGGAAGACUAAGCCCGAGAUUCACGGUCCUUCAGAAGGAGAAGAAUCAGAAGGAAUGGGGAGGGGAAAGCUUCUAGGAGAAGUUUCCGUGUGUCCUAAAUUCGACGCUCAUGCACUGGAGGGUGAGUCGGAAGCAGGGAAGGAGAGGCCUGCCGUCCAGACCUGCAAGAAGUCCCUUUCCCAGAAGGAAAGCUUGCAGCCGGGGUCUACCCCUCUCAAGAAAAUCCUCACUAAAGAGAGAGACCAGGAAUGCAGCCACUGUGGGAAGACCUUUUUUGACCACUCAUCCCUUACCCGCCACCAGAGGACUCACACUGGAGAGAAGCCCUAUGACUGUCACGAGUGUGGGAAGGCCUUCAGUCACAGGAGCAGUCUCAGUAGACAUCUGAUGUCUCACACGGGGGAGAGCCCCUAUGAAUGCAGUGCGUGUGGGAAGGCCUUUUUUGACCGGUCGUCCCUAACUGUCCAUCAGCGAAUUCAUACUGGAGAGAAGCCCUUUAAAUGCAGUGAGUGUGGAAAAGCCUUCUUCGACCGCUCAUCCCUUACUCGACACCAGAGAAUCCACACCGGAGAAAGCCCUUAUGAAUGUAAUCAGUGUGGGAAAGCCUUCAGCCAGAAAAGUAUUCUCACUCGACAUCAGCUCAUCCACACCGGCAGGAAGCCUUACGAAUGUAACGAGUGUGGGAAAGCCUUCUAUGGCGUGUCAUCACUGAACAGACAUCAGAAGGCUCACACUGGAGAGCCUCACUAUCAGUGCAGUGAGUGCGGGAAAGCUUUCUUCGACCGUUCAUCCCUUACACAGCAUCAGAAGAUUCACACCGGAGACAAGCCAUAUGAGUGCACCGAAUGCGGGAAAGCCUUUAGCCAGAGAUGCCGGCUCACGCGACAUCAGCGAGUGCAUACAGGAGAGAAACCCUUUGAAUGCAGCGUGUGUGGGAAAGUGUUCAGUUCUAAGUCAUCCGUUAUUCAACACCAACGGCGUUACGCCAAACAAGGAAUAGACUGAGUUGGGUGAAAGCUUUAGUCAAAGGACCUCCAUAGAAACUCAAGCUAGGUCUUCCCCAUCGUAAACAAACCCAUCCUUUGAGCAUUCUACCUACUCUGGCUACUCCUCUCCUUUUCCACCUCUGCUCCCACAGUGUGAAUAAACAUUCUCUACUUACCGUGUUCUAGAACUGUGGGAUGCCAGAAGUUAGGAUGUGACUCUAAAGGGUCAACACUUUGCAGAAGUUUGUUAGACAACAGGAUAAAUAUUAGGAGGUGAUCGUCAGACAUGUCUCUUGUCUGAGGCCCCAAGUAUCACUGCACUUUAAUAACCGGAGGCUCGAGCAGGAGGGAAGGCGAAGUUGGAGCAGCACUGUCGUUUCCAGAACACUUCUUUUUAUAGCUUGCGUCCCUUUCCCUGGGAGCUUUUUUGGGCCCUGGUCUUGUUUUUUUUUUUGUCCCAACUUCUAGGUUCCUUUCUACUACUACUACUACUACUACUACUACUACUACUACUACUAAUACUGCUACUGCUACUACUGCUGCUGGCUAGCACUUACUGAGCGCUUACUAUGGGGUAAGCACUCAAUGGAGAGUUUGGCAAAGAGUAGACUCUUUGGUCCUCUCACCAACCCUGUGAAGUAGAAGUAGGUACUAUUACUAUCCUCAUUUUACAGAUGAGCAGACUAAAGUUUAGAGGUAUUAAAUAAUUUGCCCAAAAUGACACACCUCCUAAAAGGUGAAGCUAAUCCUUGAAUACAAGUCUACCUUCAAAGUCUGUUCUCUUAACCAUUAUGCUAUAUGGUUUGUUUAAUAAUUUAUGUACAGGUAUCAUCUCAAGUAGAUUAGAAGCACUUGGAGGCGUGACUUAGGUGUCUUUGCAUCUCACACAGUGCCUUGCACAUAAUAGGUGCUCAAUAAAUAUUUAUCUGAAUUAGUGAUUUUCCUACUUACCAGGUUCUCUCUAUUUAAAACAUCUGUUGAGUGUACAUCCUUUCUCUGAAUUUUCAGUGUAGACUGCGCCUUUAUCCUCUCAGGCUCCCAUUACUGUGGUAGUCAUUGAAUUCUUCCCUCUUCCUUAUUUUUUUUUUUUAUUAAAAGAUUUUAUUUAUUUGUCAGAGAGAGAGAGAGAGACCAUGCAUGCACAAGCAGGUAGAGGCAGAGAGAACCAGGCUCCCUGCUGAGCAAGGAGCCAGAUGCAGACUUGAUCCUAGGACCCCAGGAUCACGACCCAAGCUGAAGGCAGGGGCUUAACCGACUGAGCCACCCAAGCAUCCCUUCCCUCUUCCUUACUGAACAGGGGUACGUUAAGCUUUAGUGCCAUAAUAAGUAACCCCCAAACUGAAAAUUCACAUCUCAUAAAAUCUGAUAUGAGUCAGUCUGUCUCACUCUAUCUUCAUCAUUUAGAACAUGUUGCCUCUAAGGGUAUCAUGAAAGAGAAAGCUGGAAGAUAUUUUAGGUUAUUUCUAAGGACCAUCACUUGUGUCCACAUCUCAUAAACCAGAACCCAGCACCAGAGGCCAGAAAAGUAAACAAGCACCUCAAUAUUUGGUUAACAUCAAAAGUGUGUGUCACGAAUUACAUUUUGCACAUUACUGACAUUUUGCACAUUAUGCUUAGACCAGUCUUUCUAAAUGACACUUUCCUGCUCAUCAUUGCCUUACUUGAGACCUAAAAUAGCUCCCUGUUUAAUGAAAGCUUCUCUGAAUAUUUAAGGUCUGCCUUGAUGUGAUUCCACAUCAUUGAACUUUAAGUUCUGACUCCCAAAACUCUUCCUAUGCCCUGGGCCGAGUCCUUUAUUUUUAUUUUAUUAAAGAUCAGGAACUAGGCAGCUUUGGCCCUAGGCAUCUGCAUUCCCUUCCUAGUUGCUUGAAGUGAAGCACAGACGAGGACUUGAUUCUGAAAGGCUGUCUAGAAUUUAGCUUACCUGCAUGAAUCCCAGUGGACCAAGAUGCAUUUCUCUUGAGAGGUAAAGUCAGAUUCAAGAAGAUGGACUGCCAAACAGACACCCCCCCCCAAUCUACUAACAACCCUAUUUGUCCACCUUUCUUAAAGCAGACAAGUGACAGGGAAGACUUUUCACGUGUGGACUCUUGAAGCAACUUGAAGAAAAACACUUCAGAGAGUGCAGAAUCUAUCAGAGUGGAUAAUGUCUGGUAUUAUUUAAUAAUGUCAAGUAGAAAAUAAAAGGGACUAUUGACAGA